AUGCCGACUAACUGCUCACCUAAACGAGCAUGCGACCAAUGCCACGCGCUAAAGGAGAAAUGCCGGCGCACCAAUGCCACUUCACCUUGUCAAAGAUGUUCCCGACUGGGCCAGACCUGUGAAAUAACACGGGACAUAGCGAAGGCAGGCAGAAAGCCAAGAGGUACACGAAAGCUAUCAUAUACACUACCGCAGUUUAGCAUUCCAAUCGAUUCUGAUCCUUCGCUUGAUGUGACACCAUACAACGCCGGACUCGCGAGUAACCCAGUCAUCUUCUCUGACCUGGAUCAGUGGGAAAGACAUUUCUUAAAUCUCAUGAAAAAAGACUCCGCUACCCCUUCGCCACUCGAGAAAUUCCUCGUGAGCCCAAGCUUCCACGAAUCCCACCACAUUUCGUUUAUCCAAAAUCUCAUCCAGCCCACGCCAGAAUUGAAAAAUGCGUCUGUAGCGUGCGCCGCCGUUCUGUUUGGUGACCAGUCCCCCGAACGUGCGAAGACGGUCUCCGAUAUUGGGCAUAAACGUGCCGCCCUGGCUGUAUCCUCCCUUCGGUCCUUUCAGCUAUGCGACAAAAGGGAUCUAACGACUAUCCUCGUUCUCAGCGUGGCGAUGGUUACAUUUGCGAUGCAUGUUGAAAAUGGUCAACAUUGUCUAAUCGCGCGAUAUACGCUGAGUUUGAUCAAAUCGCAAGCCCAGAGCUUUCUUGAUUUUGAAUCUCCGAUGAUGGAUUUCCUGAUGUGUCUUGUCUCUACGGAGACUUUUGAGUGUCUGUUGAAAUCUAGACCUCCGACUUGGAGGAUCGAUACCAGUAGACGUGGGAAUAGUGUUGAUCGCUAUCUCGGUCUGAGCUAUCCUUUGUUCUGUCACUUUUUCGAUAUCUGUGAGAUGGCUACUUUACUCCGGUGUGGUGAGAAGGAGAAGAGAGAAGUCAUGAUUCAGCUGCGCAGGAUAUAUGCUGCUAUAGAGAAAUGGCAUCCCCUGACGCCGGUGGACUUUCUUCAGAGGUUUACACAGGCUGAGGUCGUGGCGUUAUUGGCACAGGCUAGGAUAUUGCAAUUGGCUGGUCUGCUGAUUAUUCACCGAUUACGUUUUCCCUUCGGGCAAUGUGAUGGUGAAGCACAGAUGCUAUCACAGGCUAUCAUUUACCAGUUUGAUUCUGUUAUUCAGCUUACAGGGCGAUCUGUACCAUGUACAUUCAUCCCCUACCUAGCGGCAUGUUUCGAGAUUCUUGGCGACGAGCCAAGAAAUCGUGCAUUAGCACAAAGCUUGGAUAUCAUUACCUUUUCAAAACAAGCGCAGAUUAAGUUCAAGGACUCGUUAACGUCAAUAUGGAAGGCCCGGGAUUAUGGGGAGCAAUUCUAUUGGUUUGAGCUGGGUAAGUACCUGUCAGAACAUGCAGCUGCAAGCAAAUGA